UGCCAAUACUUUAUUUAUUAUGAGUUAUGACUAAAAACUUCUUCACAAAAAUACACAAACAGAAACAGAAAGAACCACGAAAAUCCCUUUCACUUGCUCACUCACUCUCUCCUUCCUCAAAUUCCUCGAACUGACAUUCAUUCAUAUUGUCCCCUCCUCUCUCUCUAUCUCGUACUUUGUUUUUUUUAACCAAUCCGUGAAAAGCUCGUGACUUUAUUAUUCCUACUCUUCAGUUUGAUCAAUCGCCUUUCAAGGGUUUAAUUUUUCCCAAAUCCAAGAUUCUAUCUCUCUUAUCAGGGAGAGAGGAUUUGUUUAAGCAAAACCCUAGAAAAGUUUUGAAUCCAAUUGGUUUUAUUAGUCUUUUAUUUUUUUGCCGGUGGAACGAAAAAAAGAACGAUAAACUUUUCCCGAUUUGGUCGAAUUUUCGAGUUCAUGAUUCCUGCCCGGCAUGAUUUUUCUUAGAGGCGAUGCGUGUUUAUAGGGUUUUGGAGUUCUGGUUCUAUCAAUGGGUGCCCUAACCAGCAACCGUAAGCGCGGAGACGAGUAUUCGAGUUUGAACCACGGACACCCAUCUCUGAAUUCGCCCAAUUUGCAAAUUGCAAAGAGACCCAGAUUCUCAUCCAUGCAGUCGAGCCCGGACCGCGCACCUGCGUUGUCAUCCAAAAGUGCGGUCGCUAGGGUCUCCAGGUACCCCGAAGCGAAGCCUCCGUUGCCUAGAGUCCAUGCCCCUUGUAGAACGCUCAAGUUCGGUUCCAUUUCGAUUCGUGAUUUGAGUCAGGGAAAGGAGUCCGGUGAUACUAUGUUCAAUCGUUUGUAUGCCAAAUGUAAUAGUUUCAAGAACUUCGCGUUGGAGACGUUUCGUUAUCUACCCAAGGAGAAGGAGGUUAUUGAGUUAGAUGGAAAUGUUGAAGAAGAUUCGAGCAUAGAAGAAGUUGAGGUUAUAGAAGAUGAUGAUGACAGGAGAGAAGAACCGAAUGUGUUCAUUGUUGAAGAAUUGGAGGCAAAAGCGUUGGAAAGUGGCUUCCAGACAACUCCUUCGAAAGUUUCAAACUUGUCAGACACCCCUUCGAAAGUAGAGAAUGCGGGGCUGGUGUUGGACUCUUUGUCGCUUCAUUCUGAUUCGGAGUACGUUUCUGUAUACAAGAAGUUACUCGAAACUUCGAAUUCGAAGCGGACUUCCAAAUUGACACGAUUAAGUUCAGAUAUUGAAUUGGCUGAGAAGAGCCGGUCUAGAUUUCGAGCUCUGCGUCCUACAAAGAAAGCAGAAGCAGUUGAGGAAGUCCCUAGUGAACCUUUUAUCCCUUUCACAAAGGAGGAAGAAGCUGAGAUUGCUCAAGCGUUUUCUUCUUCUAAUCGGAGGAGGGUAUUGGUUGUUCACGAGAACUCAAAUCUGGAGAUUACGGGUCAAAUUUUGCAGUGUCUUAGACCAGGUGCCUGGUUAAAUGAUGAGGUUAUUAAUCUCUACAUGGAGUUGCUGAAGGAGCGGGAGAAGAGAGAUCCAAAGAAGUUUUUGAAAUGCCAUUUCUUUAACACCUUUUUCUACAAGAAGUUAAUAAGCGGGAAUGGUUAUGAUUAUAAAUCUGUCAGAAGAUGGACAACCCAAAGGAAGCUGGGAUACAGCCUUGCUGACUGUGACAAAAUUUUUGUCCCUGUCCACAAAGAGAUACAUUGGUGCUUAGCAGUAAUCAAUAAGAAAGAAGAGAAAUUCCAGUACCUUGAUUCCCUGAAAGGAAAGGAUACUCGGGUGAUGAAAGUACUGGCCAAAUACUAUGUUGAUGAAGUGAAGGAUAAGAGUGGAAAAGACAUUAAUGUAAGUUCUUGGAAACAAGAAUUUGUAGAAGAUCUUCCUGAGCAAGAGAAUGGGUAUGAUUGUGGUAUGUUUAUGAUCAAAUAUGCAGACUUUUAUAGCAGAGGUUUGGGGCUCUGUUUCAACCAGGAACACAUGCCCUAUUUUCGAUUGAGGACAGUGAAGGAGAUUCUAAGAUUGAGAGCUGAGUAAGUAGAUUUUGAAGUUACUAUUAGUUUGACAACUAAAGUGACGCCCAUCAAGAAUUAGCUAGCAAAUUUAGCGAAGAACACGUUCCUAUGCUCAAAUAUAUGUUGCAAAAUAAUAAUUUUUGUCAGCAUUGCUCAACCGAAGAUGCAUGCAACUUUGUCAGAAAAAUGGAUGCUAAACAUACUUAGCUCCUCAUUGCUCGACCGGCUAAGAUUUAUGAGGCAUCUUAGGCCGUAUUUUUUCAUGUUAUAUACCAUCUUCAAAGCCUUGAGAGCUCACUAACAAGUUUUGGAGGAUUGAUUUUUUCUUUUCUUUUCCUGUCAAACUGUUUUACCUAUUUUCUUUUCCUUUUCUUUCACCUGCCCUUUUUGUGAAAUUAGCAAUUUGUAGUGUAAAGAAAUGAGUCACAAUUGUUCUGCUUAAUCAUAUGCUUAUUGUGUUUAUUCUCAAUAAA